UUUCUCUCACAGAAAAUGGGAAAUUCAUACGCCGGGCAGCUGAAGUCUGCUCGAUUUGAAGAGGCUCUCCACAACUCCAUCGAGGCAUCACUGCGCUCCAGCAGUGGAGACCCUCAGCCCAUCUUCACGCAGCUCUACCUGGAGCCCGAGCCGUAUCCUGGUAACAUGGAAGAUAUGAAAUCAAAAGCCGACCUCCACAUAGGGGAGCCGCCAGAGCUGAUGAACGGCCAUUCAUCCAACGAUCUGGAGGAGCUGGAGGAUGAUGACGACUCAGACAGCAGCAGCCCUCCUCUUCCCUACCUACAGGCCCCUGCACCCGAAGGCUGCUGCACACUGGAUGGGUUCUGUCAGGCCGGCAAGGACCUCAGACUGGUCUCCAUAGCAACUGAGCCCGUCGAAGUCCCUGCAGGCUUCGAGCUGGUUGGCGCCAAGUCCCCCGGCGUCCCAGAGCACAUCCUAAUGUGUGCUGUGGACCGCCGCUAUUUGCCUGACGAGAAUGGGAAAAAUGCACUUUUAGGUUUUUCAGGAAACUGUGUAGGCUGUGGGGAAAAAGGGUUCAGAUACUUCACAGAGUUUUCCAACCACAUCAACCUAAAGUUAUCCACGCAGCCCAAGAAGCAGAAGCACUUAAAAUACUACCUGGUGAAGAAUUCUCAGGGUGCUCUGUGCAAAGGACCCCUCAUCUGCUGGAAAGACUGCAAGACCCGUCCAUACUCCGGCAGCGCGUCAACAUCCAAACCCAGCUCGUCCUCCUCCCUCAGCAGUAAAGAAUACGGCGGCAACAGUGGACACAGCUCGUCUCCCUUUUCCCUCUCAGAUUCUCCACCCACCAGAACGACACAGACAUCAUCUGUCUUUUUUGGAAGCCAGGACCUUGGCAGAGACUGCAAUUUUCUCAAACCUCUGACGUCCACACCUGGAAACAAGACUCUACCAAUAGUACCCACUGCUCUGAGGGUGAACGUGCCAGCUAACGGCCUGGGAGUUGAUGGACGUCCUCCUUUACUGAGCCCCUCCCAGGUCUCUUUAGGGCCUCAGGUUCAGGGGUAUCGCAGUGCUGACCUAGGAGAAAGUCCUGUAUCCUCUGCUAUGAACUCGGGUCCUCCAAAAAAACGUCAUCGGAGCUGGCAUCCCGGCUCAUUGGUGCCUGUGCCGCCGAAAGCUGUCCCUGUGCCAGCCAUCCAGCCAAUAGUUUGUUCUCCAGGCUCUGCUUUAGGAGGGUCGUCUCCGCAGCCACCAGUAGCAGGAGUCAUUCAGCCCCAGCCUAUCACAGCUGGAGAAACGGUCAUUGUCCCAGACAAUCUGCUCAACUCUUCGGGAGUUCGUCCUGUCAUCCUAAUCGGGCACAGCACUUUACCUUACUUCUAUGGGAAUGUUGGGGAUAUAGUGGUGAGCCCCCUGCUGGUCAGCUGCUAUAAGAGUAGCCAGCUGAAAGAGAGAACCCUGGAGAUCUUGGGCCUCAACAGCAGCCAGCUUCUCUGUGUGGAUACAAUGAUCCUACUCACUUUGCAGUAUCUUGCACGUUUAGGCUCGGAGCAAAUUCCACUGCGGGAGGAGCUGGAGCAGAUUGUUCUAAAGGCGAUGCUGUGUUGCCCAGGGGGUCCAGGUAUCUCCCCCUCACAGCUGCCCUGGUUGGCUCGGCUUGAAGCUAGCGUUUCUGGGGGCAGCGUCCAAGUUGUGGUCACCCACAACUCUUUGGGAGAGGGCAUCUCUGAGUCACUGCGCUCUCUCAGUGAGGGUCCCCUCCACCAGCAGUGUCUACCCACCUAUGUUGUCAUCAUAUGUGCCUCCAAAGUGGGUGGAAACGAGUUCUGUGUGCUUGUUUUGGGGAAGUACCAGGCGCGGGCCUUAGCUGAAGGCAUGCUUACAACCAAUGAGUUUCUGAAGGAGAUCAGCUACGAACUCAUCACAGGAAAAGUCAGCAUCUUGGCUUCUCACUUUAAGACCACAUCAUUGGGAGACAAUCUGGACAAGCAGCUGGUGCGAUACCAGCGCCGGCGGAAGGGACAGGUCAUCCAGCCCUUCCAAGGCGAUGUCACAGACUACAUUCACUCCCAGGAGGCUGCCAGCGUGUCACCACCCUCAGGCAGAGAUUUUCCAACAGUGGAGCUGCUAAGUAAGGUCUUUCAGAUCUAUCCCACCCAGCUAAAUGUUGCCCGCAGCCUCCUCUCCCAAGUCUGCUCCAUCGCUGACUCAGGAACGCAGAAUCUCGACUUGGGGCGUUUUUCCAAAGUGGACUUUCUGGUUUUGGUGCCUCCUUCUCACAUUCUGGUACAUCAGACAGCUCAACGCAUCCAACAAUCAGGAGUGCUUGUAGACCUAGGAAUCGAAGAAGCCCCCUCAGCCGGCCAGAAAUCAGAGAAGUACGUGGUGCGUCUGGACGGUGAUGUUCACACAAAGAUGGAGUCCUUCAUGAAGAAAGUCAAACAGAACCCUUACACCCUGUUUGUCCUCAUUCAUGACAACUCACACGUCGACCUCACAAGUGCUCUGUCGGGCUCUGUGUGCCACGGGGAGCUGCAGGGUUUAGCUGACCGGGUGGUGAACUGUCAGGAAGUCCUGGAUGCCAUGAACCUCCUGGUCCUGCAGGUCAGCUGCUUCCCACACACACUGCAGACCUGCCAGUCCCGCAUCAGCAUCCACAAUGAAGUUCACUGGCCGUCCAACGAAAGUCGGCAGGGGGAGCAGUCUGCUAAUGAGUUGAUCUACUUUGGCCUGAGGGACUACAGCAACUCCCUGCAGUGGGGCGUGGCCAGCCCCAUCCUGCGCUGUGAUGAUGCCUUUGAGAAGAUGGUCCACACUCUGCUGGAAAGACAUCCGCACCUCCACAGCAUGGUGAUCCGUAGCUACCUGCUGAUUCAGCAGUACACCGAGGCCAUGAUGGCGCUGACCUCUUCGCCCUCCCUGAGAGACCACAUUACCCCAGAAACCCUGGCCAUGGUGGAGGACUUAAUCAAUGCCCCAAGCAGAGAGGGCUCCCAGGGCCGGGGCCACAUGCUACUGGUACGAGUCCCCUCGCUUCAGCUGGCCAUGCUCGCUCGGGAGCGGCUGGAGGACGUGAGGGACAAACUGGGGCUCCAGCUUAGCUUUGCUGUGCUGCUGGGAAGCCCUGUCUCCGAACUUAACCUGCCCAAAAACUUCAUCAACCGCCUCAGGGUGUGGAGAGGCUGUGAGAAUGAAGACUGGGUGCCGCACACUUAUGAAGAUCUGGAGGGGCUGCCCUGCAUCGUCAUCCUGACAGGGAAGGACCCUCUUGGAGAAACUUUCCCCAGGUCUCUGAAAUACUGCGACCUGCGUCUGAUAGACUCCAGCUACCUGACUCGUACUGCCUUGGAGCAGGAGGUUGGUCUCGCCUGUACCCAUGUGUCCAUGAGUGUCAUCCAGGAGCCCAAGAAGGACAUGGUCACUCGGGAAUCAGACGGAGAGAAGGCCGCCACCAGCUUAAAUGAUGGAGAUGAGCUAGAAAGACCUCAGAGCAACAGCAGCGCUGUAACCAGAACCUCUGGCUCUUUGGCAGAGAAUGGUGUCAGUUCAUCUGAUGUUGCAGACUCUUCACAGAAGCCUUCGACUUCCAUGUUCCAACCUGAAGGCGCCAUCAGCUCAGACACAGGGUCAACUCAAGUCUUCAAGCAGGAGUGUGACUCCCUGGGAAGCCAACUCCCCACCAACCCAUCCAAAACCUUCAAGGCCCCUCCUUCUCAAUGCUCCAGUUCCUCCUCAUCCUCCUCCUCCUCCUCCCCCUCCCCAUCUUCUUCGUCCACCCAGAGGCCCAGCCAGUCCACGCAGUGCGGUCGUGACCCGAAACCUGUCAGGGUGUCGCCGCGGACAGUCAUCAUGUCCCGGGCAGCUUACAACCUGCUGUCAGGGGAAUCAGGGAGUCAGCUGAGCUCCUUCUCUCUGCUGCCUCAUGCAGACGUGGCCUGGAGCAGCCCGCUGAGGCCCCUUAUCACCCACAACCUGCAGGGGGCAGAGCAGAGCAUGUACUACCGCCAUUGGACCACUGCCCGGCAGCAUCAUGCCGACUAUGAAGCUCCACUUGUGCCGCAUCCACGGCGCCUGCUGCUCAGUGGACCGCCACAGGUGGGAAAAACCGGUGCCUAUCUGCAGUUUCUACGUAUCCUGUUUCGAAUGCUCAUCAGACUGUUGGAGGUGGAUGUGUAUGAUGAGGAAGAAGAGGAGGAGGAAGAAGAAACAUCAGAGGUUACCACACCCGUGAAUUACCAGUUGCCUGACAUUGAGGAAGUGCGAAAGUUGCCCUUUGACCCCUACCCCCGGGACCCUAAAUUCAGGAAGGCCAGCCCUGUUUUCACUGAAAAGAUGCAAAAGUGCUUAAAAGACUUAAAGCAGGAAGGAGAGAGCCCAACAGUAACCAAACGAGAAACCAAGUCCAUACGUCUGACCAAGUUUGCGGCCCACAACGCCUUUCAUCACUGUGAAGAGUGUCAGCACUACUGUGAAGCCGGCCCUGCCACACAGCUAUCAGAGUGCACCUUCCAUGCCUUCACCUUCUGCUCGUCCAUGCUGGGCGAGGAGGUCCAGCUCCAGUUUGUCAUUCCUAAAGCCAAGGAGCAGCACUUUGUAUUCAGUCAGCAGGGUAGCCACCUGGAGAGCAUGCGCCUGCCUCUGGUCUCCACAAGGGACCCUGAUCUGUUAAAGAGCCCGAUCUUCACCCCAACUACAGGACGCCAAGAACACGGCCUGCUCAAUAUUUUCCACGCCAUGGAGGGCGCGGCUCAUCUGCACAUUCUGGUGGUCAAGCAAUUUGAGAUGCCUCACUACAGGAAGUACUGGCCCAACCACAUCCUGCUCGUCCUGCCGGCCAUGUUCAACAGCGCAGGAGUUGGUGCCGCACGCUUUAUGAUCAAAGAGCUGUCGUACCAUAACCUGGAACUGGAGAGAAACCGACUGGAAGAGCAGGGUGUCAAGAGACAAGAUGUAUGGCCUUUCAUUGUCAUGAUGGACGACUCCUGUGUGCUGUGGAACGCCCACCAGCCAGCAGGCAGCAGUGAGACAUCAGAUGGAGGCUCUACCCUUACCAACGUAUCUCUGAAGACGGUUCUUCAGCACAUGGAAACCACGCCGAAGAUCUCCCUGUACGCCAUGUGCGGUGCACGCAAGUGGAGCAGCAACUUGGCUCACAAGUCUCCGAGCAAACCCUUCAGUCGGUGUCACCUCCACGACUUCAUCAUGCUCAAUGUGGACCUGACGCAGAAUGUUCAGUAUGACCUGAAUCGGUAUAGCUGUGAGGAGGUGGACUUUAAUCUGAGGGUGAACAGCAGUGGGCUGCUGCUGUGUCGCUUCAACUACUUCAGCCUCAUGAAGAAACACAUUCCAGUCGGGGGAAACAAAGACUUCCUGGUCAAACCUAAACUCAUGGAAAUAGAAAACCCCGCCCCCAUCAGCCCAUCACAGUAUGUCUGCGCCCCAGACAGCGAGCAGACCCUCAUGGACGCUCCAGCCCAGUUCCUGCUUGAAAGGUUCCUGCAAAGCUGCAGCCACAGACUGUUUCCAAAGGCUGUUAAGAACAGAAUCAACCCAGUUCUGUCCAUCGACAGCUACCUCAACAUCAGCCCAGAGAUUUCUGUGUGCUACAUCAACUCUCGCCCGCACUCCACCAACCUGAACCAUCAGGGCAUGCUGUUCAGUGGCCUCCUGCUUUACCUCUGCGACUCUUUCGUCGUCUCGGGACUCCUCAAGAAAUUCCGCUUUCUCAAAGGUGCCACUCUCUGUGUGAUCAGCCAGGACAGAAGUUCACUGCGCCAGACCAUCGCCCGAUUAGAGCUGGAGGAUGAGUGGCAGUUCCGUCUGCGGGACGAGUUUCAGACAGCGAACUGCAGUGAGGACCAUCCCCUCUACUUUCUGACUGGCAGCCAUGUCUGAAGCUGAACCUCCGCUGCUGAGACACAAUCACAUGUGAGAAUUUUGACUCCGAACCAGCAAGCAACCACAUUUCCUCCCAUUCCAAUGGAAGUUCAGAAGGGGAUUGGGUGGAGCACGGCAAAACUGGAGCACGCCAAAGUGGACACCUGAUGUGGCUUUCCCUUAAAUCUGCACUAUCAUAGUGCGCUGUGCCUGGCUCUACAGCGGGUCAGGCUGGGUUUAAACCCUGGCUUGUGGCUGGGCUUUCCUCCAUUGAGCUUCUACUGAAAAAGACUUUGCUGUGAGGAAAAAGCAAAGCUGAAUCCAAACUUUGUCCUUUUUUGUUGUAUUUUUGCAUAAAUGGACAGCCUCCCAUCAAUGAUGUGACGAUUAGAAGAUUGUAAUGUGUAUAUGGACUAUGAUAGCAUGUCCUGGAUAUACUUGUUUAUCUCAGGGUUUUUAAAGGGAGAAUCAUGUGCGGUCGCUAAAAGAUUUUCUCCAUUGCAUUAACUUAUGUUGGCUCCAAAGACAUCCUCAACUGCGCCUUGCCUACCAGUUCUCUUUCUUCACACCUGCUCUGCCUCAAAGACUGUAAAAGCUCUCUACGUCUAAGAAACACUUACAUAGAGGGCUGCCUCUAUCAGAUUUCUACCAUCAUGAGAACCAAAUUCCUGUUAUGCUAAAGAGUUUCAGACUCGUUACACUUAGAUAUUUGAAUACCACUUUUUCCUUCCUUAUACCGGUUCUGAUUCUUAGUCUUGAGUAUUGUUCAAUCCCAAGAACCCCUCCGAUACUUUUGCAUUAAAAAAAAUUUGAAAACACAUAUUGUUGACAUUUUGCUAGCUCUAACUAACUUUACGCUCUCUGCUAGUAUCACAUUGUUUUUGUGAUGUUGUCACAUCUUUAAUUACCUAAAAAUAAUGGAUUUGUAGAAGCUAGUGGUCUUAGAAUUUAAUCAGUAUUUGGAAGAAAAAAAUUGCUUCAGAAAAUCUCUUAAUAACUUUACCCGAUACAACACACUUGAGGCAGUAACGGUGUCCCAUUCCCAUACUGGUUUCAGUGUCUGUCCUCAUGUGGGUAUCAGUACAACUCCACUUUUGUUCAUCUGAAAAUGAGGACUUUUUCUCCCAUGCCUUUCAAAGAUAUUGAUGUGCCAUCGAUAAUCCUAACAGGCGCGAUUUGAGUGUUUUAUAGUGUUCAAAUGACUUACACACAAUUUUAUCCAAAGACUUAUUCACAACUUUUCAAAGUACAAGCUGUGUCUUUGCAAGAAAGUGUUAUGAUCAUGUUACGUUACAGCUUGAAUACACAAUAAUGAAGCAGGCCUGCAGUCGGAAACAGAAUCAUUGAACUUGCUUCAGAGUUUUACUCAUCUGUUAAACACCAAUCAGGCAAAGCCACAUGGAAGUAAGACUGGAAUGUUCUUACUGACGUAUUGGGCAUUUACUGACUUAAAUACUGGGUAUUUCAAUCACAUUAUGUCAGUAGAUGCUGUAAAUAAUCACUGCCAAAUAUAGUGCUACUGACUGUGCCUGCAUUUCUCCUCCUGUUUGUGAUGUUCUGUGGCUGAUUUUACAUUGAUGGUUUAGGCUGUCGUCCACCCUUUCCUGCCAAUAUAAAGUGUAAUCAAAGAAGAAGAAUGUCAAAAGCAACCGACCAGACCAUUUCAUAUACUUGAAAGAAGAAUGUUUUUAUAUGUUUCUGCACAGGGUUGUCCAAAGAAUAUGCCUUAAGUGAGGUUUCAUACUGUCACUGCUCAAUUCAUUAUUAUUAUUAUUAUUUUUUUUGACCAAUGAGAAUGAAGAAACCAUUUGAUUGUGAGGGGAAGUAAUUGUUUUUUGAGUGAAGCAAAAUUAACAAUUGGAUUUUGGACUACUGUACUGUUUAAAGCUUUGUUUACAUUAUUAAUAUAUUAUAACCUCCCCUUAACCACUGAGGGUUACUGAUGUUUUUUAGUCUUGUGUAACUUUUGCCAGUAUAUUUUGGUCAUAAUGUCUUUCCGCAUUUUAUGUGAUGUUGCAAAGGCAAGAAGAAUCUACCUAGAUGUGUCCUUUUCCAUUUGUCUGUGUCCCUUUCUGUUCUUGUGUUGGAUUUGUGUUGAAAAUGAAAUCAAGUCCAUUUGGGGAUUCUUAUUUAUUUGACAAGCAUUUUGGACUGAUAAUCAUAUUGAAGUGUAAUAUUUGAUUGCAUGCUGUGCUUGCUUUAAAUAAGGGAGUGUGCCCCCUUCAAAAAACAUCCAUGAAGGCUUUUGCACAAGACCCAAAAAAAAACGAAUGAUUCUUCGAUCUAUUGAAUGUCAUGGGGGGCGGGAAAUGUGAACUUGCACUAUACAAGUUGCCAGCAGAAAAAAUAUUUCCCACUAUGAAAUGAAAUCAAAAAUUAGUCCAAAAAAAAAGACUUUUGAUCAAAAAAUGUAACUUAAAUACCAAAGGUCCGUAGAAUGUGUCUUUCUUUUUUUAAUAAUUUAACACUUAAUAUGCAACUUGCUCUCACAAUCUUCACUGAUAUUUGUUAGAUGACCAUGUGCGGCCCAGUGGUAGCCUUGGCAUCUGGGUGAUCUACCUCAUUUUUACCAUUGUGGUUGCAGCCUAUGAACAUAUGACAUUAGAGUCAUGCUAUUGUUGUUGAAAAUGUAUGAAUGUAAUAAAAAAAAAUACUUGUAAAAUCA